GGUUUAAUAAAAUGGAGACUUUUACAGAGCAUGAAAUUCAUUUCAUGAAGAUUGCUUUGGCAGUUGCUAUUAUUAGACAGAAACCUGCAAAUGUUCCCAGCUCACGUGAAUAUGCUAAAAAUCUCCAGAGAAAGUUUGUACAGGAGCAAAUCAACUGGAGGGAACAUGCUGAGAAAUUGAGUCAAGAAUUAUUAAGAGUUAAGCAAAAAUUAUCUUUAUUAAACCAAUCUCAAUCGCCAGUAGAAAUCACUCAACCAGAAGAUAUGCAGUUUUCAAUUGAGGAUUCUAGUUCUAUAUUUAGUAACAUUGAGCUCGAAUCACCAUCAGUAGAGCUUCAGUCUCACAUAGCUUUCCUUCAAACUGCUUCAAGUUUAUUGAAGGCGAAUACAUCACUUUCUGGGUACAGUCUUGAAGCAGCUGCAACUUUAAAAGAAUCGAUUGUAAAAGCUAUUGAUAUACUUGUUGAGUAUCCUAAAACUCAGCCAUUGCACCAAUCGCCACUUACUGAAGAAGUGUCAGCCAAGCUAGUUCAGUUUAUAGCUGCUUUCAUGAAUUACGAGCCAUUGAUGCCGUUUAGACAUGAAAUAAUGGAAGCAGCUGGCAAAUUUGUGAAAAUGCUCACAGAAAGAUUAUGUCAUCCAUCAAACGAUACAGAUAAAAUUUCGUUUAUACAAUCUUUAUUGUACCAGCUGUCAUCAGUUGGUUUCAUUCAUACACAAGUAAUUCAAUCACUAACAUCUUUUAUUGAAGAGUCAACCAAGGAUUUAGCCAACCUUAAGCAAAAUCAUUUUACAGCUGCUUAUCAAAUAAAUACUCUAGGACACGUUUUGAAGGUUUUGGAGACGAUUUUAAGUAAAUAUGAUCACCCAGUACCUCCCCAAGUAAUGGAGUCCUUUGAAAAAUGUGUAAAGAUGACAAUAACAUCAAAGCUGCCACUUGUUAGUAUAACAAUAUGGAGACUGCACCAAUUAAUAAUGGAAAGAAAUUAGAGACAAACUAAGAGGCAAGAGCAUAUGUACAUGUUAACUAUUAGCAUUAAAAUUUAGCUACUCUUUCAUGUAAAAUAUAAUGCACAUAUACUGGCUUAUAAUCAUUUUAAUUUGCUGCUCUACAGUUGUCAUAAACUUGCCUACAGUGAUUAAGCAGUUUCUGUAGCAGAGUGGUAGUGUAGCUCAGUGUAUGACACUAAUAAUCCAACUGUCUACUAGUAAUUAGCUUAGUCUCUAUAUAAAGAGAGCAACUCUUCUUGCUAGAGGUACAAGGAACUUGAUACUAACAGAAAAGUCUUCUCCUAAGUUUAUCCUUUUCAACACUGAGCUCAAGCAAUCAUGACUUCCAAUAUAAAAGUUGCCUACCUCAAUAGAACUGCUAACACCGAUUUUGAAGUCGUUGUGUUCACAAAGAACUUCAAUAUCAACACUCCAAAGGUCUACUAUGUUGCCUGGCAGGUCCUGAGGGGACAGAGCGAAGUCGACUUUGUCUAUCCUGUCUCCAUGGAUGUUGGUGCUACUUACACUAGCUCUGGAAAAAUCAUGAAGGCUGGACCAUUCCCUUCAAAACUAGGAUCAACUUGGGAGAUUACUCAAGACAGCAUCUCUUCCACAGCAACCCUCAAAGAAGUGAAGGCUCCCACCAAUCCAAAUGGAUCCAUUGUUAUCAAGAACAUUCCACCAGCUACAUGGAGCGGACGCAUGUUUGACAUUGGUGUCUACAAGAAUGGCAGUCUCCUAGUCGUUCAGAAGGAUGUCCAUGUUGGCGAUCAAGUUGACUUCAUGCUCAAGCCUAAGCUGUACUUUGGAGUGGUCCGUAACAUGGUUGAGGGUGACGUCUUCACUUCUUUGGAGAUCACCAGCUCCUUGACCGAGUUUGAUUUGAGUGACUAUCCUAAUGGCAUCAGGGUUACACUCAAGCAGCUCCCAGGAGGUGGCCAAUACGAGUUCUCUGGAGAGGCCAUGAGCUAAAUAAAAAGCUUUAAACUUAUUAUAUAUAGUGCUUUGCAAUCGUUUUGUAGCUAUUGUAGUUAUUAGUUUUUUUCAACAUUAUUAUAGUUUAGAUGAAGUUGUAUUGUCAUUUCGUAUAAAUGCCUUCAUAGUUCGCAUCAAAUGUUAUCCAUUCUGAUUAAAAUAACAGGAUCCGAAAA